CUGCUACCUGCUGGACUUUCCCACCUGCCUGGGGAGUGUGUAGGCUCCAGGCUCUGGGAGAGAACAGGGAGGGUUGAGUAAGACCAUCGGUUCGAUCUUGGUUCUAAACUGUAUUUGAAAAAACAGAACCAGAAAAACAACUCAGGGUUCACCGGCCUCACAUAACUCUUCCCAAAAAGCUAAGUUACUUUCCUUCAGCUUCUAAAAGAGCCAACAGCAAACCCAUCCCUUGGAAUGCUGGUGUGUCAAAGAGUGGUCCAUAUUAUCCAAAUCCUACAUGACAAGUCUGUUGUUCCUAAAAUGCAAAUUACAGAAAGUAAAACUGAGGUUUGGCAAAUCUUUUGGUCUGGUGGUGUCAUGCGGUGAGGUGUGUCCUGAACGGAGUUGAGUAUCAAGACUCCCAAGAUGGAGAAAGGUGGAUGUGGGACUUCCAUGAAUAUUAAAAGGAACAAAAAAGUGAUAUAAAUGCGUUGUAAAAUCCUGUGAACCGAAAGGAAUGUUGUCUUUGUGAGCCUCUGUUCCCGUAUAUUACAAAAACUUGCAGGUGUAGCCUUCCUGUUCUUACAAUUUUCCCCUCCCACAGCAUCUCAUCUAAUCCUUAAGUCAACAGAGAGUCACCAGGAAGAAAAUGGGUUUGGGGCAAGUUGUUUUUGUCCUCUUUGAAAGUCUUUUAAUUUAUCUUUAAAAUAAAGGUUGUUGUAAUAUUGGAUUCCAUAAUAUAUGCAUACUACCUGGCAUACAGGAGGUGUUUUAAAAAUUGUACAGAGCUCCACAUCGAGGCAGUUCAGAGGCUCUCCCUAGGGCCCUGGCACUUGCACCUGCCACUCCUUCUUUCUGAACUGUUUUUCCACCUCUCUAAAUAACUCAAGAGUAUUUACAUAUAGCACAGUUUACAUCUAGCACAUUUACAGUUUACAUAUAGCACACUUAAGACAAAAUAUGAUCCAAAAACCUAUUCCAUCCACAAUGACUGUGAAACCAUGAAUCAAAACUUGGUCAGCCAGUUCAGUUAGCAAGAAAUGGGUGUGGGUUCCGAAGAACUUUCUCUAGUACCCUCCUCACCUAGCAGAUAUAUAAGAAGAAGGACUGGAAAGCUAAGAUUAUGUGAUCCAGAGAGAUCCAGAGAUUGCAAGGAGCCCAACUCAACUGGAAUCUUUCUCUACAAGACAAUACACAAUCUGGAAAAAUAUCAAGCUCCGUGGGAGCUUCCCCUCUCAACUGAAUUUUGGAUUCCCCUUCUACCUGUUCCUAGAAACAUGCCCUCCCUCUUUGAGACUAUUAGCAAGAACUUGGUCAGAGAGCUUGGAGACAAAGACCUGAGGCCCAUGAGAUGCCUGUCGAAUGCCAACCAAUUCCGUCAGCUGGCAAUAUUACAGAAGAGGAAGAAGCGCUCACCCUUCUGGGAACAACCUGACAUUCCAGCCGAAUACACCCUCAUGGACCUCCUGGAGCCAAGUUCUUCAGUUCCCGAAACUGCUGUCAUGGGACCGUUUCUCUUCAGGGACACUGUGGUCCAGCAGGGACAGGUUUCUGCCAACGUGACCACUGGGCUAGAAAUGAAUGUGUCGGGGAAAGCUACUGUGUUCCAUGGAUCCUCCCUUCAGGUUCAGGCUGUUACAAUCCCACCCCAUAACUGGAAAGACCUUCAAAAGAGGAAAGUGCAAGAUCCAGAGCUGCUAUUUCUGGUGAAGUGCCGGGACAGACAGGAUAAUCUCUAUGUGGUGACAGACACCGUGGAACUGACCAACACUACUGUGCUUUAUGACAACAGAAGUGUGAAUGUUUGGGGAAGCUGCUCUCUCCCUUUUGAUACUUUCUUCAAGGGUCAAGGCCAGGGAGAGGGUCUAAAAGUGAGAGAGAAGACACUGAUUCUGCCACAGGGCACAGUGAUGGCCUACAAGAGGAAGCAGCUGGUUUUUAAGGAGAAUGGCUGGGAUAUUCUCAUCUCAGAUGACGACAAGGAGAAGACCUUUCCAGAAGAGAAACUGCGCUACCAGUCGAAAUCACUUCCAAGCACCAUCAACAGUGGUUUCAUCCGCCUAAGAGGUGAAUAUGUGUUUGCUGGAGGAAGAACACAGGAACCUUUUAGGCAAGAUUUCAAGCAACUACAUGAAGAGAUUUUCCAGGAAGUGGAGGCCCUGGACGAGCUCUCAAAGGACACUCAGGAUGCCAUAUUCCGUAAUAUCCUGAACACGCUUGGGAACCGAAAGGCUUUGCUGGAACUUAUGGACAAGCUGGAUGGGGACCCCUUUGAUCCUUUGGAUGGCUUUGGUGGCGAAAUCCUAAAUGAGACACAAGAGGACACAAGAAAUCUAUGGAUCCAGGGAAGAUCCUCCAUCAUUUACCUCCUCGAAGCCAUAAUAGUGCUGAGUGAUACCCAACACAAUCUGCUGGCCCAGUCCAUGAAGAAGAGGAUCCUCCUCCAGCAGCAGGAGCUGGUAAGGAGCAUCCUGGAGCCCAACUUCAAAUACCCUUGGAACAUCCCCUUCACCCUCAAACCUGAGCUCCUUGCCCCACUCCAGGGUGAAGGUCUGGCCAUCACCUAUGGCCUGCUGCAGGAGUGUGGCCUGAAUAUGGAGCUGAAUAGUCCCAGGUCAACCUGGGAUCUGGAAGUCAAGCAGCCCCUGUCUGCCCUGUAUGCGACCCUUUCCAUUCUGCAGCAGCUAGCAGGCAGUCAGAGAGGCCAGGCCCUACCAGUCUAUACUGGAAGUGUCCCUGAUGAGCUCAGAGGACUUAGGACCACAAUUUCUGCCACUCUAGGUCAGACACAGCCAGGAGUCAGUAGACUUGAGGGAAAGUUCUGAAAUCACAGAAAGAUCUGUACCUUGAUGAAGAUUCAUGCAUUUGUCAAAACUCAUCAAAUAGUAUCUAAAGAUGUGAGCAUUUCGCUGUAUAUAGCAAUGCUACUCCAAAACAAUGUAAACCAAUAUUAAACGCCAGUAACAAUAUGAAUUGUUUGGGGUGAGGUGUACUGAUAUCAGCAACUUACUUUGAAAUACAUCAUAAGGGACGCCUGGCUGGCUCAGUGGUUGAGCAUCUGCCUUUAGCUCAGGGCGUGAUCCUGGUGUCCUGGGAUCAAGUCCCACAUCAGGCUCCCCAGGGGGAGCCUGCUUCUCCCUCUGCCUAUGUCUCUGCCUGUCUCUAAUGAAUAAAUAAAUAAAAUCUUUUAAAAAAUGCAUCAUAAAAAAAUGCAUCAUAAAAUAAGGGGACUAAUGAAUGGAUAGAGAGACAGAUAUCAGAUUUUAAAAACAAGAGGUUUUCUUCUUUUUUUCAUUUAAAUUUAAUUAACAUAUAAUGUAGUAGUGGUUUCAGAAGUAGAAGUUAGUGAUUCAUCAGCUGCAUACAACAGCCAGUGCUCAUUACAUCCAAUACCCUUCUUAAUGUCCAUCACUGUUACCCCAUCCCCCACCCCCCACCCCUCCACAACCCUCAGUUUGUUUCCUAUGAUUAAGAGUGAGUCUCUUAUGGUUUGUCUCACUCUCCGAUUUCAUCUUGUUUUAUUUUUCCCUCUCUUCCUCUCUGAUCCUGUUUUGUUUCUUAAAUACCACAUGAGUGAGAUCGUAUGAUAAUUGUCUCUCUGAUUGACUUAUUUUACUUAGCAUAGUAUCUUCUAGUCCCAACCAUGUUGUUGCAAAUGGCAAGAUUUCAUUUUUUUGAUGGCUAAGUAGUAGUACAUCAUAUAUGUACCAUAUCUAUAUCCAUUCCUCAGUCGCUGGACAUCUGGGCUUUUUCUCUUUUUUUUUUUUCAAUUCUUGAAACAUUUUGUAUGUCUGGAAUUGUUUCAAAAAAAAAAAAAAACCUCUCUAAAAAGGCGGGGAGGGGGCGCUUGGGUGGCUCAGUUAGUUAAGCAUUUGCCUUCAGCUCAGGUCAUGAUCUCAGGGUCUUAAGAUCCAGUCCUGCAUUGGGUUGCCUACUCAGUAAGAAGUCCGCUUCUCCCUCUGUCCCCCUCCCUAGCUUGU